AUGCACAUCUCGAAAGAAGCUGCACUACGGAAUGGCAACCUGAUUGGGCUCGACCUCUUUGGCACGGAGCGAAAGAUCCGAGAUUAUGCCAAGACGCGGAAUGCCCACGUCAUCGGCGAUGGCAUCGUGGCCUUUCCUCCGUGCUCUCCGCAGCCAUACUGCAUGAUCUUGGAGGUGCUGGGGAACAAGAUUGCCGGCACUGGCAAAAUGUGUGUUCCUCCAGAGGUAGCUGCUUUGCUGCCAGAGGCCCAACAACACCGGCAACGGAGGCGCUUCGGGAGAGGCGCGGAGAGCGCCUUCCUUGGCACAGCCGGAGACUGGAGGCCCGGGGCUGGUGUGAAGUCAGAGCCUGCCCCCAUCUCCAAGGAAGACCUGUCCCUGCAAAGCUUCAGUGGCAGUGAAAAAGUUUGCAACAUGAUAGUCUGCUUCCAAGGAACAGGGAGGCAUAAACAAGAAGCUACUAGGGGCUCCUGGCCUUACUACUAG